AUGGCCUCAAAUAAGCUAAGUUUUAUAUUGUCAACUUUUAUUCUAGUGGUAUACCAAUGUGUAAUUCCCUUAAAUGCUCAGCUCCAAGUGGGGUUUUAUAAUGGAGUGUGUGACUUUGUAGAAAUUAUGAUCAAAGAAGAGGUAAGGGAUGCGUUCAAUCUUGACAGGGGAGUCGCUGCAGGCCUAGUUAGGAUGCAUUUCCACGAUUGUUUUGUUCGGGGAUGUGACGGAUCGGUGCUUAUUGAUUCCACUCCUUCAAAUCAAGCAGAGAAAGAUGCACCAGCAAAUAAUCCUAGUCUUCGAGGCUUUGAAGUCAUUGACGAUGCAAAAAGUAGACUCGAAUUCUUAUGUCCAGGAAUCGUCUCAUGUGCUGAUAUACUUGCUUAUGCAGCAAGGGACAGUGUGGAAAUAACAGGAGGGCCUGGCUACGAUGUUCCUGCAGGAAGAAGAGACGGCAGAAUCUCAUCAUCCAGAGAGGCAUCAGCAAACUUGCCAUCUCCUGCCUUUGGUGUCAACCAACUCAUUCAAGCAUUUGCAAAUAAGGGACUUCGGCCUGAUGAAAUGGUAACGCUUUCAGGAGCACACACCAUUGGGCGAUCACAUUGCAUUUCAUUCAGCAACAGACUAUUCAACUUCAACACCACGACCACACAGGAUCCGAGUAUGGAUCCAUCAUAUGCAGCUCAGCUAGCACAGCAGUGCCCUCAAGGGAGCAUAAGCAAUCCUAACUUAGUGGUGCCAAUGGACCCUUCCACCCCAACCAUUAUGGAUACAUGUUACUAUGAUAACAUUCUAGCCAACAGAGGCUUGUUCACUUCCGACCAAACUCUUUUGACAAAUCCCUCAACUGCAAAUCAAGUGAUUCAAAAUGCUCAAAACCCUCUUCUUUGGCAAAAUAAGUUUGCUGAUGCAAUGGUCAGAAUGGGUCAGAUUGGUGUCCUGACUGGAGAUGCUGGAGAGAUUCGGGCCACCUGUAGGGUGAUCAACAACUGAAUGUGUAUAUCCAAACCGAAGAGGAAAUGGACCAUUCAGUAUAGUUUAUGUCUUUCUACUCAACAAUGUUACAAUUUCCCCUGAUCAGGGGAAAACCACAUGGGUGAUGCUCUAGAUAGGGG